ACAGCUGUGUUGCCUUUACAUUUCCAAUAUUUGUUCUCUCGGUAUCCCAUAAUCUCUUAGUUAAAGCACUGAAUAGAAUUCAAGAUGGCGGCCGAUCUAGUUCUUAGCCUUUGUUCAAUUGAAUGGUAUCUUUGCGUUUUCCAUAGUCGCUCUGUAGUUAGGGCGUGGCUGUUGGAAGGGUACUAAGAUCUAUAUAUUUCAUUUCGGUUGAGUGAUACCUAAGAUUUUCACUUCUUCACAUUUUUUCCGCUUUAUUUAUUUUCCACUUUAUAUAUUUUCAUUCAAAAUUACCGAAGUGGCUUUUAACCUGUUUUUUAGAAUUGUUCUACUUGACAAGGUUCUAUUAACGUGUAUUCAUAGCCAAUCUCUUCCGCCUCCUCUCAUCAGAUAGGACAGCUAGCAAUAUUUUAUUAUGCUUGACGAGUGUAUACCCAUUCAAAGGAUCUGGUUUCACUGCUGCUGUUGUUGAAAUCGACUCUCGUUUCUCCUAGCAGGACAUAUACCCCACUUUUAGGUAUUUUUGUCCUAUAAAGUUCUAAAACCGCAAUUUUUCCAUCUCUAUUGAUUUUUUGUUUAAACAAAAGACAUUUGAAUAAAAAAUAACGUAUUGACUCUAUUUUGAUUUCAGUGGUUUGAUUUUUUAAUUCAAUGUAAUCUCAUUCUCAAUUAAGUGUUCAUUCUCAUAGGAGUAUGACAUUGACUUUAUCGAAUGUUAGAUUUCCCCGCGUUUGGUAAGUGAUCUUCACUGAAUCAUAGCUAACCACCUAUAGUUUUCGUCUAAUAUUUUGACAAGCAGCCAUUUCUAAAGGUUGUGCCAAAAGAGCCCCGGGGUCGAAUUGUAAGGAUAUCAAACCAAAUUCCUUGGCUAGCGAUUACCGUAUGGCUCUUAUUUUAUAUCCCUGUUGUAUGUCCUUGGAAGGAAAGUCUUAAACAUGGGUCUGCAAGAAAAGCCCAAUAAUCACUUGAUAUGCGCGAUUGCUUCCUUCGCGGUGUUGUGCUGUGUUUGUAUUGUUAUUAGCUGUAUAGGAUUCGUAAGAUUGGAAUUCCAGCUGGGACAACAGGAAAGAAAGAUCGUCGCUCUUGAGAAAGAGAUUCAAAAUUGUAGGAAACUCCAAGAAACAGAUGGACGUUUGUCAAGUACAAGAAGGUACCGUCGAGGUAUUCCUCCAUCAAAGAACGACAACAUCUGUCUCCAGUGCGUCAAACCUUGGAUUCGAGAAGAAGUUGCCAGCUCUGUGUCCUACGCUGUAGAAGCAUAUUGCCGCCCACAAAACAAACUUUGCAUUCGAGGCCCUCCCGGUCCUCCUGGUCCUCCUGGUCCUAAAGGAGAGAAAGGAGCACCUGGUAGAAACAGCAACUCUAACAUGAAAAGUGAUGACAGAAAACAAGGCCGUAUACCCAGUGUUAUAACUCCACCGAAAGAAGAAAGAACUGGGUCUAUUAAUGCUCCUGGAAUCCGAGUGGAUCCUUCUUUAUUAACAGUCAAUGAAAAGUCCCAUGCGACCUUUACCUGCUCAAGCACCAAUUCUGGAAAAGCUACGAUAGUUUGGGACAAAGUUGGUGGGUUCCCAAAAGGAGAUAAACUGAUUGAGAUUAAAGAUGGGAAGCUAAAGUUGAUGAAUGUGAAACAGAAUGAUGAAGGUUCUUACAUGUGUACUGUGGAAAGUCCUGCAGGAUUAUCACGAGCCGUGGUUACUCUAAAAGUGAGAAGUAAACCACGUAUCUUCAUUGGUAAAGGGCCCAUUUAUGCAGUCAAAGGGGACAACGUGACUCUACCUCGCUGUCGAGGCACAGGCUUCCCAAAACCAGUCGUAUCUUGGCUUAAGGUGAUGGACAGGAUGCCAGAGGGUCGGACUGUUACCUCAGAACAAACCCUUACCUUAUUGAAAGUCAAGCGAUCUGAUUCUGGUAUCUACCUGUGCACAGCAACCAAUGCAUUGGGAAGAGACAGAAAAAUAACAUAUCUAGUCGUGGUGAUAAGACCGAGAUUCACCGUUAGACCACCAAGGAAAAUAAAACGAUUUGCAGGCUCAAUACUUGAAGUGAACUGCAGUGCAARCGCCAACCCAAAACCAAUCAUAACAUGGGAGAGAUGUGGGAAUGAACCACUGGACAAGAGGUUCGACGUCCAAACUUCUGGGAAAUUACGUAUCGAUAAUUUGAAGACUGCGGAUUCUGGAAUGUACGCAUGCGUGGCUUCGAGUCGACCACUGCUUUCAAAAGCUGCCUUUGAAUUAAAAGUCAAAUUAGCACGUGACUGUUCAGUGUUGUAUUCGUCGGGUGUUCGUAAGAAUGGAGUUUACAAGAUCAAGCCCGAUAAUAAAGAACCAUUCGAUGUCUACUGUGACAUGACGACCGAUGGUGGUGGAUGGACGGUUUUCCAGAGAAGGUACGAUGGCUCGGUUAACUUCUUCCAAGGAUGGAAAGAAUACAAAACAGGUUUUGGUAGAUUAAGUGGAGAAUUCUGGCUGGGGAACACCAAACUCCACAGACUCACUAGUGCCAAGCCGUCUGAACUACGUGUUGACGUGCAGGACUGGGAAGGAAAUACUGCUUAUGCCAAAUAUGGGCAAUUUACAAUAGGCGAUGAGAAGGCUUUGUAUCGUCUUGAUAUCAAUUCGUACACAGGUACGGCCGGGGACUCGUUGUCAUACAGUAACGGCAUGCCCUUCACCACGUUAGAUAAAGAUAAUGAUAUUCAUAAGAAAGAUAACUGCGCCGUGACCCAUAUAGGAGCAUGGUGGUACAAGAGCUGCCAGGAUUCCAAUCUGAAUGGACAGUUUGUUCGGAGCUCACGCAACCCAAAGGGAAUGUUAUGGUACUAUUGGAAGAACGACGAGUCCACCAUCAAGGGAUCACAGAUGAAACUAAGACCAAAAACUAGUUAGUAAAUCACAUCGAUACUGAAGGAGAUGGAAUGGAGAUUGACUUUAGAGUGUCUAUAUUAUUAUCAUAUAUAUGUAUUACAAAUACUAAAUAAUGAGAAGAACCUAGAGCAUCAACUGGGAUACCUGUGGUACUGCACUGUACAAGUCAAGCGCUGUGAUUGGAUACUGCGUUGUAUUCGACAAGCGCUGUGAUUGGAUGAUGCGCUUUACUAGACAAGCGCUGUGAUUGGAUGUUGCGCUCUAUUAGAAAACCGCUGCGAUUGGAUACUGCACAGUAUAAGUCUAGCGUUGUGAUUAGACAGCCAGUUUUCUCGACUAAUUUUAAUUGGUCUCAAAUAAGAUAAGUGAUUUGAUUUUCUGGCCGCAUUAUUUCAUUAACAAUAACGCCAGGAUCUAAUAAAAAUCUGCGGGUUAGCCAUGCCCUGAUUUAGGAUCAUCAUAGAGCCGGGUUGUUUCCAGAAUUGGAGGUUUGUCACGUGACAUACAACGAGCAGUGAGAUAAAUAUUACCCAUCAGUA